AUGGGUGCCGUCGAAGAAGGACGGGCUAGCCAAGGAUUUUUUGGAAGCUCAAGCGCCGCCGGUUUCAUGCGCCAGAUUAAAACGGCCGUGGACAAAAAGGUUUAUUCACCAGAGCGAAGGCUCUCUUCUCCAGCAAGUGCCUUGCCGUCUAGCCUUCUAUCGGAACACAGUGGCCGUACAGCUACAUCUCCAAGUUAUGUGCUACCUCCCCGAAGGACUGCAGAUAGUUUGAUGAAUGUUUACUGGGACUAUGUCUUCCCUCUUUAUCCCCUUGUAGACAGUUCUUAUAUGAAGACUGAAUACAUGAAAGUCUGGCAGGGGGACCCGCUACAUUAUGAUGAAAACAUGGUAAUGUGCACCUUCAAUGUCAUAUUUGCAUUAGCCAGUCAAUUGGCAGAUUUCAUCGCGCCGGAGGAACGAGCGGCCUCAGCAGAUGCGUAUUUCUCCCGAGCGAAGGGACUGUUCCAGUUCAAUCUUUGGGAUACGGGGUCUGCUGGACUGAUUCAAUGCCUCUUAUUAAUGGCGCAGUAUCUGCAAAGCACUGACUCCGCACACCAAUGUUGGAUUGUGACUGGCCUGGCAAUUCGCAAUGCACAGAGCUUGGGCCUUCACCUGCCCCAAACUAUCGCCCAAUUCCACAACUUUGGGGAGCAACAGCUAGCUCGGAAGAUUUGGCAUGGUUGUGUCUUGAUGGAUCGGGUCAUAGCCAUGACCUUUGGGCGGCCUGCAAUGAUAUCUAAAUCAUCCAACAAUACUGUUCCACUGCCAAUCAUCGUGGACGAUGAGUUCAUCUCAGCUGAAACAACAUCAGAGUCAUGCCAACCUGCAGGUCAACCUUCGAUGAUGGCAUUCUAUGCGAAGACUUUGGAAUUAUAUGAAAUCAUGAACGACGUCCUGCUAAGUGUAUACAAGUCCCCACCAGAUGAAUUUCCUGAUGAUAUACAUGAUUUUUAUUUCAGUAAUACUAUCAGCGAAGGAGAACGAACUAUAUUUGAACUCGAUCGCUCCCUUACUCGCUGGACUUGCAGCCUUCCCGCCCACCUUUCCGGAGAUUCUAAAAUUGUGACGGAUAAUCCUAUCUUAUAUCGCCAACAGAUUGUCUUGCAGGCAAGGUAUACUCAAAGCUCACUGUUAUAUUUUGGAGUGGAUGCUGAUGUUUCACCCUUUGUCAAUGAUAGGUUUCUCCACGUCCGCAUGCUGCUCUUUCGUCCAACUCUUUCUAAGUAUUGUGUUGCACGCGAUAAUUUGCUAGCGCAUUCAAUGAUCUCCAUGACUGAAUCUUUCCCCAACCGCGUCGCAUUACAAUGCUCCAUAAUAUGUGUUAGAGUGGCGCAGGAGUCGAUAAAUCUGAUCCAUAAUAACGUCCCGGCUGAUGGCACUGGAGGCCCACUCCCAGCGUGGUGGUACAAUAUACUUUGUAAGAUUUUCUCAAUUUGUUUGAAUCAUUGGUCUAAUAUUACUAUGUACUAUUUUUUAGAUAUAUAUACUGCUGCGACUGUUCUGAUUGCCGGGCGACUAUGUCCGACAAUAUUGGCGGAGAUCACUGGAGAUUCCAUCACACACUCAUGGCACUGCGCAUUAGAAAUUCUCCGCAAUUACCAAAAUUAUAGCAGCUCCGCUAGGCGGUGUAUAGCAGCUCUUGAGAUACUUUAUGAGCAGGUCGUAUCGGAAGCGCACCCCGCCCCGAAUCAAGCACCCAGCCACGAUGUGUCAUUAAAUGGAACCGCCAUAUUGAACGAUAUGUCUUUCGGCGAGGGGAUCAAUGCAACAAUGAUGGAAGGCUUUGAGUUCCCCGAUUUUCAAGAUAUGUCUUGGCUAAAUAGUGUUCCGAGCAAUCUAUUUUAG